ACAAAACGUUGCAAAUGUCAAAACAUUCGUGUGGAUGUUGCGUAUUUACGUGCAAAACAAACAUGAAUAAUAAUUAAUUUCUUUACAAUUAGUGGACAAUUAAAAUAAAAUUAUGUCGGGCGCUAAAUUGGAAGUUCUUUGGUCUCCAAUACACCACGACAAGUUUAUAUUAUGGGGCCCAGACAUAACCUUAUACGAAGUUUCUCGGAUAAAAGAAAUUGAGAAAAAAACAACAUUCACUCCAAUAUCUUCAACAAGAGGAGCAACAGUCCUAGCAUCACAGAGUGCCAGCGGAGUCAGCUGUGUGGACAUCAGUGCCAUCCCAGAGCAACCGGAGCCAUUGCUGGCACUCGGCUAUGCCAGCGGCAGGGUGGCACUCACUACUCUUAAGCAAACAUAUGACCCACUGGGACUUGUGGGCAGAGAGUUCACUUGUCGCUAUCCGCGGCUAUGUAACUCAGUGUCAUGGAGUCACAUGGAGACCAACUUACUGGCGGUGGCCAUGGAGAAGAACCGCAAUGACCACUGCAUACUGUUGUGGGAUGUGUACCGAGGAUCAUUGCUGUCGGAAGAGGCUAAAGCUUCCGAUGCAUCGCCGUCAGCAGCGACGGAAUCUCCGCGCCCCAUGGCCGAGAUGGGGCUCUCGGAGACAGCCCACUGCGUCACGUGGGCAAACUUCUCUAGCAGGACGCUUAUCGCUUCCAUGAAUCUUAAAUACAUCAAGAUAUUUGAUCUUAGAGAUUUAUCAAACAAGGCAGUGACAAUGACAACGACUAAAUAUUGUUACGGAAUAUGCGCGGAGCCCUGCGGGGGCUAUCAGAUCGCGUCUCGCGGAGAAGGCGUGGCCUGCGUGUGGGAUGCGCGGGCGCUGCAGAAACCGCUGCUCACCAUACAGCAUCCAAGACCUUUGGCUCAGCUGCAGUGGUGUCCCACCAGGCGUAACUUGCUGGUGUCGCUACAGCGGGAUUCCACUACGCUGCGUAUACAUGAUAUACAGCAGGCGAACAGUGACAACAAAUUGAAUGUAUCUGAUAGCACGAGUUCGCAGACAGCCGCCCCGGCGGUGGAGGCGGAGCUGGAGGAGCAGUACCCGCGCGGGCCGAGCGUGCUGGAGCGCGACGUGGCGCUGGGCGCGGCGCCGGCGCCGCUGCUGGGCUACGGCUGGCAUCCCGCGCACGAGGGCCGCCUGCUCGCGGUCUGUGCUAGUGGAGCGCUAGUAGACUACACAGUGUGCGAGCGUGUGACUGUCUCGUGGGGGGGCGGCGGCUCGCUGGUGUGGACGGGCGGGGGCGGAGCCCUGCGCAUGAUGCGCGACGACUUUUACGCCGCCAUACAGGACAUCUCCUUUGUCAUGAAGAAGAGAGCACAAACUGAUUAUGGACUUAAGCCAGACUUAUGGCAGAACGCAGACUUGGCCGAUGACGACGCACUGAGUGGUCUCUGGCAUUUCCUGGCGCUCAGCAAGUCUCUUGUUGAAGAUGGUUGCAUCCGCAAUAGUCCGUGGAAGCACCCCGGUGUCCGCACGGUGCUGCGGUCUGUGGGUGACGGUGGUUACCGUUCGGAGAUAGUGCCUUCUCUUCUGCCAGAUUUGCCCAAUAGAAGAGUUACUAUUUAUAGGAGUGCGGAGCGCACGCGGGCGCUGCAGCUGUGCGGGUGGGGGUGGGGCUGGGAGAACGCGCUGGCGGGCGUGGAGCGCGCCGAGGCCGAGGGCACGCCGUGCCGGGCCGCCGCCCUCGCCGCCUUCCAGCUGCGCGUGCGCGCCGCGCUCGACGUGCUGGCGAGGGCGCACGAGCCCAUGCUGCGGGUCGUCGCGCUGGCGCUUGCAGGUCUGUCGGACGAGCGCUUGUGGCGCGAGGCGCUGGGCGGCGCGGCGGCGGCGCUGCCGGACCCCUACCUGCGCGCGCUGCUGCGCUUCCUGGCCGCCUCCGCGCCCGCGCACCCGCACCACCACCAGCCGCCGCAGCACCACCCCGACCUCGCCGCCGUGCUUAACGAAACGGAAAUGCGUUUAGAAGACCGCGUAGCCUUCGCCUGCAUCUUCCUCCCAGACAGCAAGCUGCACGAGUACGUGUCGAGCACGUGUGCUGCGCUGGUGCAGGCGGGCGAGCUGGCCGGCGUGCUGCUGACCGGCGCCGGCGCCGAGGCGCUGCCGCUGCUGCAGCGCUGGCUGGAGGCCACGGGGGACGUGCAGUCGGCGGCGCUGGUGGCCGCCCGGUGCUUCACGCCGGAGCUGCUCAAGGAUCAGAGAACGCAGAACUGGCUUGACAGCUACCGCACGAUCCUGGACAGCUGGCAGCUGUGGUGGGCACGAUGUGCUCUAGACACGUGGGUGUGCGGCGCGGAGGGCGGCGCCGAGUGGGCGGGCGCGGGGGCGGGGCCGGGCGGCGCGGGGGCGGGCGCGGGGGGCGUGCCCCGCCAGGUGUGCGUGGCCUGCACCUACUGCGGCAAGUCGGUGGCCGCGCCGCCCGGACACAACCGGCCCCGCGUCGCCUUCGCCAGGCUGCCACCACCUGCUGCUAAGAUGAAGCAAAUCUCCUCAUGUCCAAACUGCCGCAAGCCUCUCCCUCGUUGCGGGGUGUGCUCGCUGCACGUGGGCACGAGCGCGGGCGGGGCGGGCGGGGCGGGUGGGGCGGGUGGGGCGGCGUUCGGCUCGUGGUUCAGCUGGUGCGUGGCGUGUCGGCACGGCGGGCACGCGCAGCAUCUCAUCAACUGGUUCAAGGAGCACACGGAGUGUCCAGUCAGCUCGUGUAACUGUCACUGUGCCACGCUUGACCCGCCCGACAGGCACGACUAGCCGGACAGCUUAACAAAAUUACACACGGGAAUUUAAACUCUAUGUUUUAAGGCGUAAGGCAUAUUUUGCCAUCUCGGACAAUGCACAGACUCUAUGUAAUAUACUUUGUUGAAAUGAACAAUAUGUUAACGUUCCAAGAAUCAUUUGACAGUUUCAUAAUUGAAGGGGUAAGUGGACAAAGGUGUUAUCUGGCAAAACUGAAAAAAAUCGAGUUUUUUGCAUGGACAUAGGUUUUAAGUGACAAUAAAUCGACUGAUGGGCUCAAAA